GUGAGCUGAAUUCAGGUUGCGAACAGCUGAGAAUGUUACAAUUCUGUUUGUUUUACGAUCAUUCAUUCUGCUGGCACACAAAUAUGUUAAAUAUUGACACGCUAUCGCAUAAUUUUUAGAACAAUAUUGAACUUUUGUGGUAAUAUUUGAAUAAUCUUGAAUUAUAAAUUAACAAAAUUACAAUAAAUAUAGAGAAGCACAUAACCUAAAACAUGGUUCGCUUCAAAAACAGAUACAUUGUUCUCGAAGUAAAGCCGUAUAACAAAAAUAAUGAACAAUUAAUGUUUAAAAAUACGGCUCUAGCACAUGCUGUUAAUAAGAAGGUACAAUAUUUAUACGGUGAUUUUGGAGCAGCAGCAAUAAGGGAUGGCUUUGAUGUAAAAUACUGCAAUAAACAUACAAAAAUAGCAUUGAUAAAGACUAGACAUGGGCCUCAUAAAUUUGUAUUGCGUGCCAGCCCAUUGAUAAAUGAAGUAGGUGGACAACAGGUUAAAACAAGUAUUCUAUAUAUUGGAGCCACCAUGAAACAUUGUUUUCUUUUCAUCAGGAAACAUCAAGAGAAAAAGCUGGAACAAAUGUGGUCAAGAUUACGGACAGAAAAUGAGAGGAAAGAAAUGGAGACAGCUUUAAUGACUUUGACGCCUGCUAUGAAAGAUUUUAAGUAAAAAUUACUUCCAUUCUUUUAUAAACAAUUGUGUGUAUUUCUUACAAAACAAUUUUAGUUUCUUAA